AUGAAGAAGAAUAUUUCUGUUGUCUUUUGUCUGGCUCUAACAUUAGCUCUGUUUGGGGUCUGCAGCAUGGGGGUAGCGAAGACGCUUGUGGAAAAUGAGGUGAAGGGGCACUUGUCGGAUUUUCUCUUCUUAAACAAUUCACAGAAGUUCUGCGAAGGGGGAAGUAUUAUCCAGGCUCUGAACACGGAAAAGCUCCUGAACCUAAACACUGUGUUGGACAUCUGUGCAUCGAAGAAGGAGUGCGAUUUUGUCUCCUACUCUCCAAAGAGGACAUUACGGAAUUCCCUUUUUUAUGAAGACGAGAAUGAACUCAAGAAUACGGGGGCUAACUGGGUUUGUUCUGAACAAAUGAAGAAUUUCAACCUUUCGCUGAACAUGAUGGGGGAGUGUCACGACGAACACGUCUUGAUGAUAAUUAGAAAGGACGUCAUGCCGAAGGAAGCAGCAGUCGAGUAUGAUUAA